CACUCCCCCCGAUGUCCACGCAAUAUUCACCGCACGACCUUGCUUUCUCUCCCACCCGUCAUGCGAGGGAGCUCUUCGCUGUGGAAGGUCUUGGGAAGUUUUCAGCUCCACGAUUAUACCCGUCCGAUGAUCAUGUCCGGCGCUUGGUGACAUUUUGGUGGUCUGAAACGGAAUGCUCUGCCCGCGGACACUGCCUUGAAAGCGCACGCGGUCAACUACCGCGAGUACCGAUAACUUGUUGAUCAUGAGUAGCAUUUCAUCCUUCGGUGGUACAGGCUCGAGCCUGGCACGAGCGGUGGUGAUAGUCGCUGGUGUUUCUGCGCUGGUAGCUUCACUUCUGUCUCUCCUGUCCAUAUGGCUUCAGACGAAAAACUAUCGAAAACCACUCCUCCAGCGAUAUGUUGUCCGUAUACUGUUGAUGGUCCCUAUCUAUGCGGUUUCCUCCUGGGCUAGCAUUAUAUCAUUGAAAGCGGCGAUGUGGCUGGACCCCGUUCGCGAUGUCUACGAGGCGUUCACGAUCUAUACCUUCUUCCAACUACUCAUCAACUUUCUUGGAGGCGAGAGAGCAUUGAUUAUCAUGACUCAUGGACGUCCUCCAAUUCAACAUGCUUGGCCAUUGAACCAUAUCCUGCCCAAAGUGGAUAUCUCCGACCCUCAGACCUUCUUGGCUGUCAAGCGUGGGAUUCUUCAGUAUACAUGGCUUAAGCCAAUUCUGGCUAUCAUCUCUAUUGUCAUGAAAGCGACGGACACUUAUCAGGAAGGCUAUCUGGGCUUGACAUCGGGGUAUCUCUGGACGGGUAUCGUGUACAAUGUCAGCGUGACCAUAAGUCUCUAUUCGUUAGCCAUGUUUUGGGUCUGUUUGCACAACGACCUGGCACCAUUCCGUCCGGUUCCUAAGUUCCUGUGUGUCAAGCUUAUCAUUUUUGCUUCUUACUGGCAAGGCUUUUUCUUGUCCAUCUUGCAGUGGCUGGGCGCUCUAUCCAACGGCGUGGCGGGAUAUACACCCGACAAUCUCGCCGCUGCGAUUCAGGACAGUUUGAUCUGCUUUGAGAUGCCAUUCUUCGCCAUUACCCACUGGUACGCUUUCUCCUGGCAUGACUACGCCGACUCCACCAUUUCAGCUGCCCGUCUGCCUGUGAAGUUUGCCCUUCGCGAUUCCUUUGGUAUCCGCGACCUUAUUGAAGACACAAAGAUGACCCUUCGAGGAGAAAACUACGAGUACAGACUCUUUGAUUCCGGUGAUCACAUCAUCCCUCAUGCCGAGUCCAACUCCCGUGUCAGGCGAGUGAUGCACGGCAUGCGGUAUGAGCGUGGGGGUAAAGCGAAAUACUGGAUCCCCAAGCCAGGCGAGGUUAACAGUCGAACGCCAUUACUGUCAGGGUCUGAAGGAAGCAGUCGCGAUCGACGAAGCAGCAUGCUCAGUCGAUUUCGAUCAAACAGUGACAUUGAAGAGAUGGGUCUUGACGAUGAGGAUGAGAGACUCUUUGCCAAUGCACGCACUCUUGAAUUCGGCGACUGGAAUUAUCCCGUGAUCACAGCCAACGAAGUGCCGGAGGAUCAGCGGCAAAUACACCACCGAAGCUCCCCAAAUCUACAGAAUCCUGGGGCGGUGAAACGGACGCGAAAGCACCGUAAGUCCCGCAUCAACAAUGGCGGAGGCACCCCACGAAGUGAAGGCAGUUCCCGUAGUUCUCGCAGGGAACCCCCCAACGGUCGCCAGACAGUUCGUCAGGAGACUAGCUCGUCCAUAUCCCACAGCUCCCAACGCAGUCAGCUGGUGGACUUGGUAGUGGAGGACCACAAAGCAGAGGAAGCGGAAAGAGUGCAUACACAGAAGGCGUUCGGAUCGACCUGGCUGGAGCCCGACCAGAGGCACUUCCAGUAUGUUGCAACAUCUCAUAUAUCUCAUCUUUCUGCGGCGGAAUGGAACAGCACUGACCUCUCACUUAGGAGACCCUCUGGGGAGCCAGUUGAUGAACGGCCAAGCUAUCUUGAAAAUAGCGCAGAUGGCACGAUGGAGAAUACCAGAGCUGCAAGCCCAACCGAUCGAGCAGGGGAUGAUGAUGAACUGACGACGCGGCCAAAUUGGGCAUAUGGAGGGCUGGAAGAGGAGAAUGUGUGGGAUCGCUAGAAGAGCAGAGCUUGCUUCAUGCACAGACCCAUCCCCGCCAAUUUCAGUGGCUUUCUUACGUAUGGGGGCGCAUCUGCAAAUAUUUUCUUGAAGCAUAGGAUAUGUAAGAUGAAUGAAACCAUGAAAUGUUUUAUCGAUACGAGAAGACAGGAGAUGAAGGAUGAAACCAGGGGAAAGCUGCGGAAGUUGAAU